AUGAGACUUUCACUUUCACAAUGGAGAAGAAAUUUCCACUCCCAUCAACAACAGCAACAGCAGCAACAACAACAACAACAACAAAAUGUAAAUAAUCAAAAUAAUAAUGGAAGAACUUCAAAUAAUGGUCAACUCGAACAUUGGCAAAAAAAUGAUGAAAUGGAAGAAGCUGCUCCACAAUUGACAGAGAAUGAAAUGUUAACUAUUGAAGAAUUUAUAUUUACUUUAAAUAGAUAUGAAGCAGAAAAUGAAAAUAUACCACAAAACGAACAUCAUAUGAUGACUGUCGAGGAAUUCAUAUUGAGCUGCAAAGAACCAAAUGUAAAUUUAAUAAAUCGAUCGGAAUCAACCGAUAUCAUACAGGAAGAGGAGCUAAUGACAGUAGAAGAAUUUAUUUAUACAUCCGAAAGAAGAGAUAACUCCAACGAUAUGCUAACAAUUGGUGAGUUCAUUUCACAAUCUAGUCGAAGAAAAAAUCCAAUCAUUCAAAAAACAACCAACACAACAAGAAUGAAUGAAAUUAUUUUUAAUUAA